AACGAAAAGUCUAAUGAUUAAAAAGCUCAAUAAUUUUGUUAAUUUCUAUGCUUAUUAAAUGAAAAAUAUGUGACAAUUUUACGAUUUAAAAGUGCGAUAGAAUCAGUGAGAAUUGUUUUCAUGUGUAUUCUGUUCUGUGUUGUUUUUUAAUAUUGGUUAGUGUCCUGAGUCUAAAAGAGUUGCAGACUGAUUUACCCUGGAAUAUUGUUAUGAAUUGAUUGUUUCAAGUAAUAAUUUGUGAACCGAAUCCUGAUUAAUUAAUUAGUUUGAAUGGAAUAAUAUUCGGUAGAUCGAUUAAUGUUGGAUACGUAAUGCGAGAUUCACUUGUUUCUUGGUUACACAAAUCCAGUUAUUUUUGACGGAUCCGACUUACACUAUUACUCGUCAUUAGUGUCUGCGCACUAGUCUGACCUUAUACUUACAAUACUUUAAGCGUAUUGAUUAGACUGAAUAUAAUUUUUACUUGUUUUCUAUUUGUAAUGUGCAAUCUUAAAUCAUUAUUUAUUUUGGUUAUAAAUAAUUAUUAACACAUUGGUACUAUAGAAAGUCAGAAUCUUCUAUUCAUCUUUAUUGGCCUACCAGGCUCAAUCAGUAUCCACUAAUAUUAGUUAUACAUUGUAAUACAGUUUUUAUUAUUUGUCGAAAGGCAUUGUCAAUCUUCAAAAAAUGGUUAGUAGUGGAUCAGGUGCAUCUACAUCAUCAUCGUCUAAUGCAACAUCUAGUUCAACAUCUGAAGCAUCAAGCGAGUAUACACAAGAACAGUUAGAGGCUGUCCGCAAAAUUAAACGUUGUAAAAAUCAUUAUGAAUUAUUAGGAGUUGGUAAAGAAUUUACGGAAGCUGAAUUAAAGAAACAAUAUCGUAAAUUGGCCUUACAAUUUCAUCCAGACAAGAAUAAAACUCCAGGAGCCUCAGAGGCUUUCAAAGCAAUAAGUAACGCUUUUGUAAUUCUUUCUGAUCCUGAGAAAAAAAGACAAUAUGAUCUUUAUGGUCCUGAAGACGGAUCAUCUAAUCGAUCGCAUAACCACACACGUACUAGAACAACUGUUUUUACCGAUAAUGGAUUCUUUGAAUAUAAUCGUGGUUUUGAUAGUGAUGUGUCAGCUGAAGAACUGUUCAAUAUGUUCUUUGGAGGUGGCAAUGUAUAUCUUCGCCGAAAUAAUCGUUAUGCUAGUUCAAGGGCCCAAACUCAGUCACCACAACAAGAACCAAGUGGCUUUGGUGUCCUCAUCCAAAUGUUACCAGUGUUGUUCCUUGUAUGCCUUUCUGUGAUGAGCUCAUUCUUUGUCUCUGAUCCAGCAUUCAGUUUACAAAGAACCCUAAAAUAUUCUCAUGAAAGAGUUACAUCUUCUUUCAAGGUCCCAUAUUAUGUAAAGGAUAAUUUUGAAACCGAUUAUAAAAAUAAUUUAAGACGCAUAGAAGCAUUAGUUGAAGAAGAGUAUAUCACUAACCUCAGAGCAGCUUGUUAUCGAGAAAAAAAUCAUCGCGACGCCAUGCUUUGGAGAGCUAGAAGUUAUGGGGAUAAAGAACUGGAGGAAAAGGCCAGAGCCUAUAAAUUAAAUUCUUGUACCAAAUUCAACGAGAUGCAAGAACAUUUUAGAUACUAUUGAUCCGUUUUUUGGAUAACUAUUUAAAUGGACUAUUAGGAGAGCGAUUUUCUUACCAUUUCACCUAGAUUUGUUGAUAAUUUAUUGUUUUAAUACAUUGUCAGUGAAUGAAGUACGAUGAAUUGACAAGAAAAUGAAAACUUCAUAUGGUCUUUAUAUAUCACAAUAAUAACUUUAAUAGAGAUGAUAAUUCUUACAGAUGAUCUCCUUUGAAGGAUUUGAUUACAAGUUUUGCUCACAAUGCGGAAAAUUAUAAUUUCAGACUAAACUACAAUCUUUGUGUCAUCAACUUUCAAAGGAUCUGAUCUAUUCUUCAUUCAACCUGCAGAAACAUCUUAAACAAGCAAAACAACACAUUCACAAACAAAAUACCAAGUGAUUUUGUACAUAUUGUUUAAUAAGUAGAUUUUUCGUCUACUCAACUAUUCACCUUCUGUCAAAACUCACCCUUUGUCCCAUCAAAGUUUAUAGUGAGGCGCACGGUGAAAAGACAAGGAGGAAGCUAAUUGAAUAACCAAUUUUCCAAUUGAUUAUCAAUUUUAAUUCCCAACAAGUGCAUCCUUUUCUUGUCCACAAUUCCUCUCCUUUCUACUUUUUUUCUUCUCACUCUGUGUAAUUAGUUGUUUUUCUCAAGUUGAUUUCAUAAAUAUAUAUAUAUAUAAAAAGUGAACCAAUCAAUUUUUUUGAAUCACUUGUUGACACAAUU